CACCAACUCCCUGUCCGCGCUGCCGUUUUUCGCCAUCGCCUCCCUCCACGACUCUGAGCUGAGCUGUGCUGCCGGCUGCCGCUCCUUCCACCUUCGCCAAUCAUCCAUCCCACCCCACCCAUCGCCGUCGCUUUCAUCCCCUUCUUCUGAUCCUUCUCCUUUACGCGCCCACACCUCUCUUAGUCUUAGAGCACGGCUGGACGGAGCCGCAGGCCCGCAGGGCGACGACGGCGAGGGGAUGUCGGGAGCGUGGGGCGGCACCACGCAGAAGUGCGCGUCGUGCGGGCGGACGGUGUACCCCGUCGAGGAGCUCACCGCCGACGGCCGCGUCUACCACCGACCCUGCUUCCGGUGCCACCACUGCAAGAGCACCCUCCAGUUUAGUAAUUAUUGUUCCAUCGAAGGUGUCUUGUACUGCAAGCCUCACUAUGACCAGAUAUUGAAAUCAACCGGCAGUUUGGAGAAAAGUUUCGAAGGUGUGGCCAGAUCAGCUAAGUCAGAAAAAUCAAAUGGACAUAAGGGCCAGCAAAACAGUAGAUUUUCUAGCAUGUUUGUGGGCACACAAGAGAAGUGUGUCGUCUGUAACAAGACUGUGUACCCUCUUGAAAAGGUUGGUCUUAAUGAAAGCUCGUAUCAUAAAUCAUGCUUCCGUUGCACCCAUGGUGGUUGUACGCUUAGUCCAUCCAACCAUAUCACGCAUGAAGGCAAACUUUAUUGCAAGACCCACCAUUCUCAGCUGUUCAUGGUUAAGGGAGAUUUCAGUCAGUUUGAGGAGAACUCUGGGAAUGCAGAAGUGGCUACUGAGAAACAACCAGAAACAGAAGAAACCACGAAGAACCCAGGUCAAGGUGAUGAACUCACGGAGAAACCAUUGGAAAGCGAGCCUACAGCUGAAAAAUCAUCACAAAACUAUGUUGCAGCUGAAAAACAAUUGCAAAGUAGCAUUGGUGUCACAGAACCAUCUGAAAGCACUACAUCAGCAGAAAGCGAAAGAGUUGCUGAGAGUGAGUCAAAGAGUUAUGUUGUCAGCAAGCCAUCAGAAAGUAGUGUAGAAGAGUCACAGCAGAACAGUGUGGUUGAUGUAAAGCCAUCAGGAAGCAGUGCAGCCAUAAGAAAAUCAUGGCAACGCAGUCUUCGCACAGAUAAACCGUUAGUGAGUAGUACAACCUCUGAAAAGCCAUCACUGAGCAGUACUGCCAUUGAGAAGCCAUCAUCAAGUAAUGGGGUUGAUGUGAAACAGUCUGAAAGCAGCACGGUAGUAAAAAAGUCAUGGCAACGGAGUUUAGCUACUGAGAAUCCACCGCAGAGCAUUUUACCAUUGGAAAAUCCAUCAGCGACCAGUGUAGAUGAUGCUAAGCUAUCAGAAAGCAGCAAAGUGAUAAAAAAACCAUGGCAACGCAUUGUGGCUGCUGAGAAGCAAAUACAGAACAGUGGCCCAAUUGAGAAGUCACAGAAGAGUGUACCUACUGAGAAGGCAUCACCGACGGCUGAUAUGAAGCCAUUAGAAAGCACCACGGAAGUUAAAAGGUCAUGGGAGCGUAGGGUGUUCAAUCAUAAGCCAUUGAAGAGCAAUGUAGAUGAUACUGAGAAACCAUCUGCAAGCAGUAUGGUUGAUGUGAAGCCAGCGGAAACCAGUACUGUAGCCCCUGUGCCACAGCAACACACCGAAACCAUUGAGAAACCUUCAGAGACCAGUGCAGAUGAUGCAAAGAGUGCAGACGAUGCGAAGCCAUCAGAGAACACUGCAGCAGCAGUUAAAAAGUCAUGGCAACACAAUAUAGGCACUGAGAAGCAACUCCAUAGCAGUGCAGUUGAUGCAAAGACAAUUGAAAGUAGUGGAACUGUCAAAAGGCUGUGGCAGCGCAGUGUUGCAACUGAGAAGCAAUCACAAAGUGGUGCCGCAGUUGUGACACCAUCACAAAGCAGUGUAGCUGUCUCCAAGCCAUUCCAGAGCAACAUGGCUGGGAAAAAGACAUGGCAAAGAAGUGUGGCUCCAGAAAAACAGCCUAUGGCUAGCAAUAAGCCAUUGCAAAGCAAGACGGUUCUCGAGAGUCCCCUCGAAAGCAAGACAGUUGAUGAGAAAAUGUCGCAAAGCAGUGUACCUACUGAGGAACCACGGCAAGUCACUUUGGCCACUGAAAACAAGUCGCAGAUCAGGAAAGAUACAAAAAAGAGCGGGCCGUCAGCAACAUGUGAGACAGCCGAAGCACCAUCACUUGCUGCAAAUAUAUUACAAGGUGAUGUUUCCACAGAAAAACCAUCGCAAACUGACAUGCCUACCAUGGCACCAAGUCAGAUCCCUGAGCCUACUGAAAAGCCAUCAGAAAGUGUGGUUAAAACUGAGAAGUCACCAGCGAAUGACACUGCUGCUGAGAAACUACCUCAAAGCAGUGUCACCGAGAAGAUAGAAAGUGUAGCAGCCACAUUCAAGCCAUCUCAAAGUGAUACAGCCCAUCAGAUAAUCUCAGAGAGGAAGAUGGCAACUGAGAAAAUAUUGGAAAGUGCCAUGGCUGCAGAGAAGCCACCUCCAAGUGAUUUGAUCACUGAGAAGCCAUCAGUACAAGAUACUGCAGAUGAGCCAGUACAAACUAAUGAACGGUCUGAGCAGACUGAAGAGGCUGUUGAGAAGCCACCUCAAAGUGAAGGGAUUGCCGAGGACACGUCACGGAGUGAAAUAUCUCUUGAGACUCUAAAUGAUGCCACCGUCGUGAAGACACUAGAGUCUGAAAGUGAUGCCACUUCUGGCAAAUCAACCAUGGAUCCAUCAGAAUAUGAAGGGCUUUCAUCUAGUGAUAAUUCUUCAGACUCUCAAAGCAAUCCAAAUGCUGAGCAGCCAUUAGAACCUAAAGGCAUUGUGGCUGAGAAGGCAGCUGACCAGAUAGUGGAAUCAGAAAAUGAUGCGGUUGCUGAGCACUCAUCAGAGCUUCAAGGCGUUGCACCUGGUGAGGUUCCAAAGGAGCAACCAUCAGAAUACCAGAAGGAUGCCACUAUGGGGCAGCCACUGGAACCUCAACAUGAAGAAGAUCCUGGGAAUCCACGAGAGCCUGUUGAUGAUUCAACCGCCAAGGACUCAUCGGAGCCUGAAAGUGACAUAGCUGCUGAACAGCCAGCAGAAUCGCAAAAUGAUGCAGGUCAGUCAGCGGGACAGUCAUCAGAAGUACAUCAAGGUGGUAUGGCUAGUGAGCCUUCUGGGCUUCAAACCAAUGCAGCUGCUGAUAAACUGUCAGCGCAGCCAUCAGAGCCGGAGAGCAAUGCAUCUCUUGAUAAGCCAUCAGAGUCUCAAACUGAUGCAACUACCAUGGAGCCACCAGAGCCUCAAAUUGAUGCUGCUCUUGAUAAGCCAACUGAUCAGCCAUUGGAACCUCAAGAUGAUGCAUCUGUUGAGAAGCCAUCUGGAAAUGAAAGGGGUGAUGUUUCUGAGAAACCGUCAGAAGGCAGCUCAGCUACUGACACACUGCCUGUACAGGGCUGCAUUUCUGAUGAGACACAACAUCAGAGCAAUGCACCCAUAGAAACACCAUCAGGAAGUGACACAGUUGUUGAGGAUUCAACAAGCGAAGAAGAAAGGAGCAGUAAACCAGCAGAGGAAAGCACAGAUCUUGAGAAGCCAUCUGAGGAAGAAGAGGCGAGUGCCAAGCCAUCAGAGGACAUUUUAACUUCUGAGAAGCCAUUGGAGGAAGGCGAGGCAAAUGUGGAGCCAUCAGAAGACAAUGCUGCUCUUGGGAAACCACUGGAGAAAGAAGAGAUUGGUGCCAAGCCAUCCGAGGACAUUUUGGUUCCCGAGAAGCCAUUGGAGGAAGGCAAGGCAACUGCGGAGUCAUCAGAAGACAGUGCUGCUCUUGGAGAACCAAAAGAGGAAGAUGAGGUGAGUGCCAAGCCAUCGGAGGACAGUGUGGCUGUUGAGAAGCCAUUGGAGGAAAGCGAGGUAAAUGCGGAGCCAUCAGAAGACAAUGCUGCUCUUGGGAAACCAUUGGAGGAAGGCAAGACAAUUGCCAAGCCAUCCGAAGACAGUGUGCCUCUUGAGAAGCCACUGGAGAAAGAAGAUGACAGUGUCAAGCCAUCCGAGGGGGUUGAUGCUCUUGAGAAGUCAGCCAGUGACAAGCCAUCAGAGGAACAGGGCGUGGCUAGCGAGAAGCUGUCUCACGACGACGCUGUCGUCGAGGCGCCAUCGCAAGAUGACACAGACACGGCCAGUGACAAGCCCUCAUCUACAGCAGACACCCUUGAAACUGCCUGAGACAGCAGUUAGCCGGUUACAUUUAGUUAGCAACAGUUUUUAACAGAGUGUGGAUCGAAUACUACUGUUGAUAUUUAUGUGUGGCUUUUGUUUGUUUUUGCUCUGUAAAAUGCUUGAGUUGUAAAAUUUGAGGGAAAGAUACUAUGGAUAUUGAUUUGAUUUGUUUACAAGCAAUAAUCCCUUCCCCCCUUUGUUGGGAGGAGGAUACUAUUGAGGUUACACAUAGGAUUUGUGUGCGGUUUGAUUCUUUGCUGCUGCUAUUUUUGUAAUUUGUAAAUGGUUUGAUACAAAUUAUUCUGUUUGCACAUUAUUUGGUUGUAUGAUAUGUCUAGUUGCUUGUGA